AUGAAAGAUUUGGGUCGAGCGACAAAUUGUGUGGGAAUUCGAAUAACAUACAAUCAAAACAGCAUUUGUUUGGACCAGUCAACAUACAUCGCUGAAGUUCUGAAACGAUUUGGUAUGGCGGAUAGCAAGCCUGUGUCAACACCGAGCGAUGUGAAUCAAAAAUUAUCGAUGAAUGCAACAUCCAACAAUGAGGAGGAUGAGAAUAUUACUGGAAAGGUACCAUAUCAGGAGCUUGUCGGAUGUUUAUUGUUUAUUGCCCAAGGCACGAGACCGGAUAUAGCAUUCGCUGUCAACGAUGUUAGUCGUUUCAAUCAAAAUCAUCGUGCCAUACAUUGGAAAGCGGUCAAACGAAUUUUGCGCUACCUCCAAGGAACAAUUGGAUGUAAGCUUCGAUAUUCUAAAAAUGGAAAUCAAGAUUUAGUUGGUUACACCGAUUCGGACUGGGCAUCAGACAUUGAUAAGAGACGUUCGUGCAGCGGAAAUUUUUUCAAACUUUCCGGUGGUGCUGUUUCAUGGUACAGUAAACGUCAGCAAACAGUAGCACUGUCAACGACCGAAGCGGAAUAUAUGGCAUGGAAUCGAUUUGGUUGA